AGUGACAGAGCCCAAUAUAUAUAUAAAGAGACAAGACUUCAAAUUCAACUUUCCCUAAACCACACCACCAUCUCUCACCUUUGCCUCUUUCCUGCAACUGUCUUACAUCUUCCUCAAUUUUAUUCCCUCCUCAAAACCCUAAAAUUUUCUUCGCUAUUAAACCUGUGAAAUCCAAAAAGAUUCAAUUUUCUCCGUUUUAUUCCAAGUUUUUUUUUCAUGUUUUUGACCCUUUAAGUGAAAAAAAGGGAAAGCCAACUGAUCAAAAGUGAAAGUUGAGCCAGAAAAUAGCUAAAGGUGUGGACUUUUGGACCCAGUUUCUUAUAUAGCCUUUUUUGUGAAUUAUGGAGCUUUGGCCAAAUUAUUAAUAGGUCAAUGAGUUUGUGCUAAAUUCUGUUUAUGUCUAUUUGUUUUUCUCACUAUAAACCCAAAAGGAUUCAAUUUUUCCAGGAUUCAAGUAGUUAAAAGGAUAAAGAAAUGGAAGCUAACGGGAAGGACGACUUAAAGAAACCGCUUUUGCAAGAUGCUGAUGCUGUAGCUGUCAAUAUGGCUCAACUAAGUGAUAGUAGAAAUAAAAAGAUUAGAACUCUUCUUUUCAAAGUUAAUGGCAUCACUUGUGCAUCUUGUUCGAAUUCCAUAGAAUCUGCGCUGGGAAAGCUUAAGGGGAUUGAGAGUGCUACGGUGUCUCCACUUCAAGGACAGGCCGUUGUUAAAUAUGUGCCAGAACUUAUCAGUGCAAAAAAGAUAAAAGAGGCAGUCGAAGACACUGGUUUUGAAGUUGAUGAGUUUCCAGAGCAAGACAUUGCUAUCUGCCGGAUCAGAAUCAAGGGGAUGGCAUGCACAAGCUGUUCUGAGUCUGUUGAACGUGCCCUUUCGAUGACUGAUGGAGUAAAGAAAGCCGUGGUUGGUUUAUCUCUUGAAGAAGCAAAAGUUCAUUUUGAUCCAAAUGUUACCAGUACCAGCCGGAUUGUUGAAGUAAUAGAAGAUGCUGGAUUUGGAGCUGAUAUAAUUAGUUCAGGCAGCGAUUUAAAUAAAGUACACUUCAAGCUAGAAGGCAUCAAUUCUCCAGAUGAUUUUACUGUUAUUCAAUGCUGUCUCGAGGCGCUGGAAGGUGUAAACACUGUUGAAAUAAACCAGCAAGAGUAUAGAGUGACCAUAAGUUAUGAACCAGAUAUAAUUGGUCCAAGAACCCUAAUGCAUUGUAUUCAAGAAGCUGGGCAUGGGUCGAGUACUUAUCGUGCAAGCCUUUAUAUCCCACCAAGACAGCGAGAAUUAGAGAAAGAGCAUGAAAUCCACACUUAUAGGAACCUGUUUUUGUGGAGCUGCUUAUUUUCAGUGCCAAUAUUUGUUUUCUCAAUGGUGCUUCCAAUGCUUCCCCCUUAUGGGAAUUGGUUAGAGUAUAAGGUUUUCAACAUGCUUACUGUUGGAUUAUUGUUAAAAUGGAUCCUUUGCACUCCUGUGCAGUUUGUUAUUGGUCGAAGGUUUUAUGCAGGAUCAUAUCAUGCACUGAGACGGAAAUCUGCAAACAUGGAUGUUCUGAUUGCAUUGGGCACUAAUGCUGCCUAUUUCUAUUCGGUUUAUAUUAUGAUAAAAGCAUUGAUUUCAAAUUCCUUCGAGGGGCAAGAUUUCUUUGAGACUAGUCCAAUGUUGAUAUCGUUUAUAUUAUUGGGGAAAUACCUAGAAGUUCUUGCAAAAGGAAAGACGUCAGAUGCUUUGGCAAAGUUGACAGAGCUGGCUCCUGAGACUGCUUACCUAUUAACAUUGGAUGGUGCUGGGAAUAUUAUUUCUGAGACAGAAAUUAGCAGUCAAUUAAUACAAAAGAAUGAUGUACUUAAGAUUGUUCCGGGGGCAAAGGUUCCUGUAGAUGGCGUUGUUAUUAAUGGUCACAGUUAUGUGAAUGAGAGUAUGAUCACUGGAGAAGCUAGGCCUGUUUCCAAGAUGCCGGGUGAUAAGGUCAUUGGUGGAACUGUAAAUGAGAAUGGAUGUGUACUCAUCAAAGCCACUCAUAUUGGUUCGGAGACUGCACUCUCACAAAUUGUUCAGUUAGUUGAAGCUGCUCAGCUUGCCAGAGCACCUGUUCAGAAACUUGCUGAUCAGAUAUCGAGAUUUUUUGUACCCACGGUUGUUUUAGCUGCAGUCAUGACAUGGCUGGCGUGGUUUAUCCCUGGAGAAGUAGGUGUAUAUCCUUCAAGUUGGAUACCAAAAGGAAUGAGUGUAUUUGAGCUUGCAUUGCAGUUUGGUAUAUCGGUAUUGGUGGUUGCUUGCCCCUGUGCUCUCGGAUUAGCUACUCCUACAGCAAUUAUGGUUGCCACCGGAAAG